CUUUUUCCCUCGUUGAAUAAGUAAAGCAUCCCACAUCCUCCGUUCAUAUUCUACUCACCCUUCUUUUUUGCUUGGAAUUCUACUCACCCUUCAUGCUCAUUAUAUAAGUAUACAUACAUAUAUAUUCUACUAACCCUUGAAGUCCUAGUCAAUGGAGUACCGAAACAAUCAGAUUUCUCAAAACCAAGCCAACCAUAUCACUUCCCAAACUGCUCCAAAUCAUCCAAACUCCGCUUUCCCAGCGAUGGUCUUCGACCAAGUGAGAACCAAUCUAGUCUUCAAGUCAAGAUGGGCAGAACUAAAUGGAGCGAUGGGGGACUUGGGAACCUACAUACCCAUAGUCCUGGCUUUGACACUGGCCAGGGACCUUAAUUUAGGCACCACAUUAAUCUUCACCGGUCUAUACAACAUCAUCACCGGUGCUAUUUACGGUGUCCCAAUGCCGGUGCAGCCCAUGAAGUCUAUUGCAGCCGUGGCUAUAUCGAAUCCCAACUUUGGUGUCCCUGAACUAAUGGCUUCCGGAAUUCUAACCGGGGGUGUUUUGUUUGCUUUGGGUGUCACGGGUUUGAUGGAUUUAGUUUACAAGUUGAUCCCUCUAUGUGUUGUUAGGGGGAUUCAGCUAGCCCAGGGCUUGUCAUUUGCACUGACUGCUGUUAAAUACAUUCGGAAAAUUCAGGAUCUUCCCAAGUCGAAGGCCAAGGGGGAGAGACCCUGGUUUGGUCUCGAUGGGUUAGUUUUGGCCAUAGUCUGCGCUUGCUUUAUCAUUGUUGUUAAUGGCGCAGGCGAGGAGUUACAUCAACCAGUUGCCGAUGAAGGUCAUGGUGAUGAUUCGGCCGAGAACGAGGAAGACAAAAAGCCAAGCAGAUGGGAGAGGAUUAUCGGCUCACUCCCUUCAGCUUUCAUGGUGUUCUUGUUGGGUGUAAUUCUGGCUUUCAUAAGAAAGCCAAACAUCGUUGACAAGAUCAAUUUUGGACCAUCAUCUAUGGAGGUUGUUAAAAUCUCUGGCCGCGCAUGGAAAGAUGGAUUCAUCAAGGGGACAAUCCCGCAGCUUCCGUUGUCCAUAUUGAAUUCGGUGAUCGCAGUCUGUAAAUUGUCGUCGGAUCUCUUCCCGGAAAGGCAAUUCUCGGCGACAUCGUUAUCGGUGACAGUUGGGUUGAUGAACAUUGUGGGUUGCUGGUUCGGAGCCAUGCCGAGUUGCCAUGGCGCUGGGGGGUUGGCGGGGCAAUACAAGUUUGGCGGUCGGAGUGGUGCAUGCGUGGCCCUUCUGGGUGCAGCCAAGAUGGUAUUGGGUCUGGUUUUGGGAACAUCUUUUGCUGUGAUUUUGAACCAGUUUCCUGUUGGGGUUCUGGGGGUUUUGCUUUUAUUUGCUGGGAUUGAACUGGCCAUGGCAUCCAGGGACAUGAAGACGAAGGAGGAGUCGUUUGUGAUGCUGGUUUGUACGGCGGUUUCGCUGGUGGGUUCGAGUGCAGCGCUUGGAUUUGUUUGUGGAAUUUUUGCAUAUUUGCUUCUGGGGCUUAGAAAGAUGGGAAGGAACAAGCCGUGUUCUAUAAUUUGGAUACAAGGAACUCCAUAGCUAACAAGCUUGGCCAUUGAUUGGAGCUCUCUUGCUUGGUUCUUAGCUUGCACAUAAACAUGUGUAUGUAAUAUUGGUGAGCAGUAAUUUAUUAUAUUUGGAUCA